AUGUCCCUUCUUCAGCUUUGUGGAUGUAUAGUUAUUAUAACCACUUGUGCGAGUGGACAACCCUACGACAAGUAUGUAAAUGCCCUUUUAGAUGAAUAUGGUAUCCAUGGGGCAUUAUCAAAGGAAGGGUUUUAUGAAUUCGGAAUAAAUAUAGGACUUGACCCUUCCUAUGUCUCAAUUGGCAGCAAGUGCAACACCUCUGCAGAUAAAACGUGUUCAAGCCUGUGUAUGGGGUAUGAAGAUAUCUUCCAAAAAUACUCCAUCGCCUCCAGUCUGAACAGUACUGGCUUGAGUAACUCUUUGUCGGCUAUCAUCUACUCUGUCCAAGACCACCACUGUCAUCGUGAAGCUGAGGAGGAGGGGGAGGCGGAGGAGGAGGAGGAGGAGGAGGAGGAGGAGGAAACAAAACACGGUGAAAAACCUAGUUCUGCUGAAGCUUGGGGAUUUGGCAUAGCAUCAGCGUCCGUCAUCGUCUUUAUCUCUAACAUCGGGGUAUUUUUCAAGCCGUGUAUGAAGACGAGGAGAUUCCAGCGGAUCCUGUAUUUCUGUGUAGCCUUAGCAGUAGGGACAUUAGGAGGAACAGGACUUCUGGUUCUUAUUCCAGAGUCUCUGGGUAUCACGGGAGAGGACAGCCCCAUUCCACAGUACAAAGUUAAGCUAAUCACUGCCAUCGCCGGUAUCUACAUUUUCUUCCUAGUGGAGCAAUGCAUUAACUGGAGGUCAAAUAUUAAGAAAAAAAGUAAAGAGGUUGAAGUACCAGAAGGGAAGCCAUUGGAAAUCGAUACCAAUGACGUCAACGUUCCCGGCCAUUCACAUCAGGGUGACGGGGAGGUAGCGACUGUAGCGUGGACCCUUCUCCUUGGUGACGCUCUACACAACAUUUCUGACGGCCUCGCUAUGGGUGCUGCCUACACGGAGGAUAUGGCUCUGGGGAUCAGUGUGUCUCUCGCUAUUCUCAGUGAAGAGCUGCCACACGAGCUAGGUGACAUAGCCAUUCUCUUGCACACUGGAAUGACGAUCAAACGAGCGUUGUUGCUAAACUUCCUCGCGGCUGUGGCGAUCUACAUCGGGCUGGUGAUAGGGAUUGUGGUAGGAGAGAAUACAGACGCCAACACAUACAUUUUUGCCUUUGCUGGGGGUCUCUUUGUCUAUAUAGCUCUUGCUGAUAUGAUCCCAGAGAUGAGUCAUCAGGCCAGAAUAGCGGAGAGUACAGGACAGGACAGUACCCGUGCUGUGUUUUGGUUACAAAAUGUUGGCCUCCUCGCCGGGUUUGGAAUAGUAAUUCUGGUAGCCACACAAAGUGGUAACAUCAAUGUGUAA